AUGGCGGACCGGGAGGCGGCUGCUUUCCCCGCGGAGGUCCGGGCCCGACUGGCGGAGCUGGAGCUGGAGUUAUCCGAAGGACCCAGAAGAGCCUCCUAUCUCCUGGCAGUGUUUCUCAAUAUGUGCCACGACUCCGUGAAGCUGAUCAAGUUCGCGGACGACACCACCCUCAUUGGACUCAUCUCCAACAACGAUGAGUCCGCCUACAGGAGGGAGGUGGACCGGCUGGUGUCCUGGUGCAGUGGUAACAACCUGGAGCUGAACGCCCAGAAGACAGUGGAGAUGAUUGUGGACUUCAGGAAGAGCACUGUCCCCCCGCCCCCACCCGCCGUGAUGGACUCCCCCAUCACCUCUGUGGAGUCCUUCCGUUUCCUGGGCACCACCAUCACCCAGGACCUCAAGUGGGAGCCGACCAUCAGCUCCCUCAUCAAGAAGGCCCAGCAGAGGAUGUACUUCCUGCGGCAGCUCAGGAAAGCCAAGCUGCCUGCACUGAUGUUGGUGCAGUUCUACACGGCCAUCAUCGAGUCCAUCCUCACCUCCUCCAUCACCGUGUGGUUCGCUGGAGCCACAGUCAGGGACAAACAGAGACUACAGCGCAUUGUGCGCUCUGCAGAGGAAGUGAUCGGCCGCAGCCUUCCAUCGCUGCAGGACCUGUUCGGGACGCGGAGUUUCCCAGCCUUCCCCAGCCUUCCCCAGACUGCACUGCACCUCUCCGCCUUGUAUGGAGAAAGAGCAAGGCCGCGAUACUAUACCAGCUGA